AGCCAAGCGUUCAAGCGUCGCUAUACGCUAGCUCUUUCCUCUCUCCCGUACCCAUUUAACCAUUUUAUCAAACACCUCUGCUUCAUUAAUAGCCACUUAUUUCAACAACGACAAGACACUGUCCUCAGUGGUAGUACCUUUUAACUCCAUCUCGCCUCUCCCUUAUAUUCUUGGUAGUUGCGAUGAAAUGCUCUGUUUUAAUGUGUCUCCUAUUCAAUUACCAGUCACAACUCCUCCGCUGAAACCAAACACUCAAAAUUUGAAAAUGGGUUUCUUUGCCUUUCCAAGAUCUUCAACUUUAAUGGCCGUUUUAUGGUCAAUCGCCUUCCUUGAAAUGAUUUCUGUCACAUCUCCAUUUGCUUUUGGUGUUAUUGAUGCAGAAAAGCCAUCAGCUUAUAAUGUUCUUAAAGAAUACAACUGUCCGAUCGGUCUUCUUCCAGUAGGCGUAACUGGGUACGAGCUAAAUAGAGAGACAGGUGAAUUUGCGGUCUAUGUGAAUGAAACUUGUAAAUAUAAGAUUAAUCAAUACACGCUCGAGUAUAAGAGUACCAUUACGGGAGUAAUAUCGAAAGGCAAGCUCCGGAAUUUGACGGGCGUUAGGGUUUUUGUUAUUUUGCUAUGGAUUAAUAUCGUGGAAGUUACUCGAGAUGGCGAUGAGCUUGAUUUCUCUGUUGGAAUUGCUUCGGCAAACUUUGCAAUUGAUAACUUUAAGGACUGUCCCAGGUGUGGCUGUGGAUUUAAUUGUAACAAGUUGAAGAAUAGUCUUGUUUUUUCUUCUUAAUCAGUUCAUAUUUAUUUUAUUGGUUAGAAACUAAGGGAUGUUCAGAUCUAUGAGCAGAGCUAAUUAUGAAAUUGCCUGUAGCUGUAAUGUAAUAUUGUGUUUCGCAAUAUUGUAAUGAAGGGUUUUCGUUCCAAUUUUUAA